CUCAUUGUCAGAGAGGGUGAUUGGGUCUACACAUUGUGACAAAAGAGGUUCUGUUGGGAUCCUCAGUAUUAAAGACAGGGUGAACCAAAUAGAAGUUCAUUUGUUUUUGUUUGUUACUCGUGAGAAGAAACGUUCAGAGGAUGGCAGAGCCAGUAAAAAAAAUUGAGACAGCCCUGGAUGGAGAAGAGAAUCCAGCAGUUCCAGACCCAGCUGAUAUAAACACUAAAGCUCCAGCGGAGGCCCCAGCAGAUAGCUCGGAGAUCCCUGCAGCCAGGAAAUGUACAUCUGCAGCUGAUACUACACCAACAGCACCUCAGACAGAGAUUCAAGACCCUGACAAAAAAACGGACCUUACAGGACUGUUCACAGAAAAACCUCUGAGUGGGGAAGUCACUGUGGGUGAGAACAUAACUUUUGUGGCUAAAGUAAAUGCUGUUUCACUGCUAAAGAAGCCAACCAUCAAAUGGUUUAAGGGAAAAUGGAUGGACCUGGCUAGCAAGUCUGGAAAGCACCUGCAGCUCAAGGAGACUUACGAUCGUCACACCAAGGUCUACACCUUUGAGAUGCUAGUUAUUGCAGCAAAGCCCAGCUUUGCUGGAGCUUACAGGUGUGAGGUGUCAUCCCGUGACAAGUUUGACAGCUGCAACUUCGAUCUAACAGUGCAUGAGGCCUGCACUGUGGAACAGAUUGACAUCAGGACAGCUUUCAGGCGCAUUAGCAUGGAUGGAAGCGAGGAAGCUGGACAGUUAGAUUUCAGUGCUUUACUUAAAAAAAGAGAUACCUCAAAAUCCCAGGUCAACGAGUCUGCUGAGGAUGUAUGGGACAUCCUACAGAAGGCUCCAGCCACUGAGUAUGAGAAGAUUGCCUUCCAGUAUGGCAUAACAGACCUGCGUGGGAUGUUGAAGAGACUGAAGAAGAUGAAGAAGGAGGACAGGAAAAGCAAAGCUUUCCUCAAGAAGCUGGACCCUGCCUACCAGGUAGAAAAAGGGCAUAAAAUCACACUCUGCGUUCAGAUGGCAAAUGAAGAUAUAGAUGUAAAAUGGCACAAGAACGGACAACUUAUUCGGCCAACUGGAAGCAAGUACAUAUUUGAAAGUGUUGGGAACAAGCAAUACCUUACCAUCAACAACUGCUCACUCUCAGACGAUGCUACAUACAGCUGCCUUGUCGGAGAUGAGAAGUGUGCAACAGAGCUGUUUGUAAAAGAGCCUCCUGUCACUAUUACAAAGAAUCUGGAGGACCAGAUGGUAAUGAAGGGUGAACGUGUGGAGUUGGAGUGUGAAGUGUCAGAAGAAGGGACCCCUGUCAAAUGGGAGAAAGAUGGUAUGGAGCUGACGAGAAAUGAGUCUUUCAAGUACCGCUUCAAGAAAGAUGGCCGCAAACACACCCUCAUCAUUAAUGAGGCAACUAAGGAGGACUGUGGCCACUACACAGUUAAAACCAGUGGGGGUGAAUCUAUGGCUGAACUCAUGGUGUCUGAGAAAGAAUUGGAGGUGUAUCAGACCAUUGCAGACCUCACAGUAAAGCCAAUGGAUGAGGCUGUGUUUAAGUGUGAGGUCUCAGAUGAAACCGUGAAAGGUACAUGGUACAAGAAUGGAGUGAAGGUGAAGAUCGAUUCCAGAACUAAUAUUACACAUGUUGGCAGGAUCCAUAAACUCACUAUUGAUGAUGUCAAACCUGAAGAUGAAGGAGACUACACUUUUGUUCCAGAUGGAUAUGCAUUCAACCUCUCAGCCAAACUGAACUAUCUGGAGGUUAAGAUCGAUUAUGUGCCUCGACAAGAUCCUCCAAAGAUCCACCUGGAUUGCAUGGGUCGCACGUCAGACUCUACCAUAGUUGUGGUGGCUGGGAACAGGCUGCGACUGGAUGUGCCCAUCACUGGAGACCCAGCACCUACAGUGGUCUGGACAAAGGGAGAAAAGGUGAUGACCAAUGGAGAUGGACGAAUCCAUGUGCAGAGCUCAAUGGGACACUGUAUCUUCACCAUUGAGGGAACAGAGAAAGUGGAUGAGGGCAUGUACUCUGUGAUUGUACGAAAUUCUGCAGGGGAAGACAAAGCUGACAUCAAUGUCAAAGUUGUUGAUGUGCCAGAUCCUCCCGCCGCCCCAAGGAUCAUCAGUGUUGGAGCAGAUUCCUGCGUUGCCCAGUGGGACCCCCCUAAGUUUGAUGGUGGCAACCCAAUCAUUGGCUAUGUGCUGGAGAGGAAAAAGAAGAAGAGCUACAGGUGGAUGAGGCUAAACUUUGAUCCCUACCCUGAUAUGACCUAUGAGGCCAAGAGGAUGAUAGAGGGUGUGGAAUAUGAGAUGCGUGUUUAUGCAGUGAAUGCUAUUGGCAUGUCACGUCACAGCGUUGCUUCACAACCCUUUAUCCCAGUGGGCCCCACUAGUGAGCCUGUUGGCCUGUGCGUGGAUGACAUGUGUGAUACCUCCAUCUCGCUGAAGUGGAGAGCACCAGAGCAUCUGGGCUCAGCUGAGCUGGAGGGCUAUGGGGUCGAGUACCUCAAGGAGGGUUCUGAUGAAUGGGUGCCAGCCUUCAAGGGCCUGACAAAGAAGACAUCUGUGGUCAUCCGGGACCUACCUACUGGAGAGAAGAUGCAGUUCCGUGUUCGAGCUUACAACAUGGCAGGACCCAGUUCACCCGCCUCCCUAACACAGGCUGUCACCAUCUCCAAGAUAAUGCAGAAACCCAAAAUCUGGAUCCCUAGGAAUCUUCGCCAGACCCUCAUCAAGAAAGUGGAGGAAACAAUAAACCUCGUAAUCCCCUUCCAGGGCAAGCCUAGACCUGUGAUCACCUGGACUAAAGAUGGGGAACCGCUGAACCCAAAGCAGGUCAGCAUCCGGAACAGUGACAAUGACUCAAUCCUCUUCAUCCGCAACUCAGACAGGAAGGACUCUGGGAAGUAUGAAGUCAAGCUUCAGAUAGAGAAUCUUGAGGACACAGCUAGCAUCUCAAUUCAAAUAGUGGAUUUACCAGGGUCGCCAGAGAAACUGAAAAUCAUAGACAUUUGGGGCUUCAAUGUGGCUUUGGAGUGGAAGCCACCGAAGGACAAUGGAAACUGUGAAAUUGCCGGCUACAUGGUUCAGAAGGCUGACAAGAAGAACAUGGAAUGGUACACUGUCUAUGAACUGUAUAGACGAACUAACUGUGUGGUGUCUGACCUCAUCAUGGGAAAUGAAUACAUGUUCCGUGUCUACUCGGUCAACAUGGUAGGCCUCAGCCUAGAACCCUGCUUUUCAGCCGACACUGCCUACAUUCAGAAAACAGGUGUUGAAUAUAAGCUUCCAGCCUACAAGGAGCUUGUUGUUUCAGAGGCACCCAAGUUCACACACCCUUUGGUGAACCGUUCAGUUAUAGCAGGCUACAAUACUACCCUCAGUUGCUCUGUCAGAGGCUUCCCCAAGCCCAAAGUCACAUGGUACAAAAAUAAGAUGGACAUUUCUAACGAGGCCAAAUACCGCAUGCUCAGUAAGCACGGCGUACUUACCCUGGAGAUCCGGAAGCCCUGCUUAUUUGAUGGAGGAGUGUACAUGUGCAAAGCAGUCAAUGCCAGUGGGGAAGACAAAGUAGAGUGCAAGUUGGAGGUUCGCCCCCCAGGCACAUUGUCCCAAGAAAAAAUGCCCAAAGAGGAGAAGAUAUACAAAUCAGAUUAAAUGAGAAGAAGCUGGUUGAAGACAAGAUGGAUAUCCAGCCUAUCCUCUUGGUAUAUUUACACAAAUCUGUACUGGGACCCUUGACAGACUACAGCUCUUUGUAGAGACCAGAGAUCAUACAUUAACUUUUUGUUUCCCAUAUUUCCCAUAUCUAACCAGUAAUAUGCACAUCUUUCCUGAUUUUUGUUGUGAAAUACACCCACGUACUGUAGGUCAACAUAAAUUCAUCCACAGUGGUUUAUUGAACAUCCAUUUAUUAAACAUACAGUAUUGCUUUUUGAGGAGUAACAAAUGAAUGUACCAUUACAAUGUAAUUGAUGAAUAUUGCUUAAAAUGGUGUGCCUUCUUAGAAUUAAUGGCAAUACAGUGACCUCCACUAAUAAUGGCACCCUUGGUAAACAUUAACAAAUUGGGCUUUGGAAAAUGUAUGCUCUUGGUCUUUCAUUCAAAAUAUUCACAGAACUCCAACCUCUAAUUGAAGUAAAAUUAUAAAAUAAAUGCAAUAAAUAUUUUUUUCCAAACCAUGUGUACCAUUUGGGUCAGAAACAACCACCAGAGGUGGGUUUGGCGUAGACAGAAAGUAAUUGUGGCACACAUUUGAUUAAAAUAUUGGUUUCAUGAAAAUGUAUUUUCUUUCAAUUGUUUUACUUUAAUUGAAGGUUUGAUUUUCCAUAUUAUUUUGAUUAAAAAAAUCAAGAGGAUAAACAAUAAAAAAAAAAAAUUCACAGUCCGUCUUGAUCAUGUUUACCAAGGGUGCCAAUAUUAGUAGAAGGCACUAUAGGUAUUUCAUUCUCGGUUAUGAAUAAUAAAUUCAAAACUUAUUAAUCUGGCA